CAGCGCCCGCCUCACAUCCGGUCGUAUAUAUGUUGCCACGAGUUAGCGGCGAAAUUUGGAGAGUGUCCAUUUUGAGCAGCGAGUCGGCGUCUCCGGUAUAAAUCGUUUUCCUCACACACAAAUCUGUUGAAGAGCCCACCGUCAGAAUGGCAGACGCAGAUAAUCUCCUCAUGGAGACAUCGGACCAGAACGGCAACGAUGGCGAGGAGGAGGAGGACCAGAACGGUGCCGAGCAGGAGCUGAUGGCCGGAGAGGAGGAAGAGGAGGAGGACUGCCAGGAUGGCCUGGAGCUCCAAGAGGACAUCCAGGAAGACAUCCAGGACAACGGAGCCGAGGGUGCCGACGGAGCCGAAGGAGCUGAUGGAGCCGACGGAGGAAAGAUCGACGCCAGCAAAGGAGAGGAAGACGCUGGGAAAAUGUUCGUAGGCGGCCUCAGCUGGGACACGAGUAAAAAGGACCUGAAGGAUUAUUUCAGUAAGUUCGGCGAGGUGUCGGACUGCACCAUCAAGAUGGACUCCAACACCGGCCGGUCCCGAGGCUUCGGCUUCGUCCUCUUCAAAGAGGCCGCCAGCGUGGAGAAGGUGCUGGAGCAGAAGGAACACAGACUGGACGGACGUCCGAUCGACCCCAAGAAGGCGAUGGCCAUGAAGAAGGAGCCCGCCAAGAAGAUCUUCGUCGGGGGGUUGAACCCCGAGGCGACUGAGGACGCCAUCAGGGAAUACUUCGGGGCUUUCGGAGAGAUCGAAACCAUUGAGCUUCCCAUCGACCCCAAAUCGAAGAAGAGGAGGGGUUUCAUCUUCAUCACGUACAAAGACGAAGCCAGCGUCAAGAAGUGUCUGGAGAAGAAAUACCACACCAUCCAGGGCGGCAGGUGUGAGCUGAAGAUCGCUCAGCCUAAGGAGGUGUACCAGCAGCAGCAGUACGGAGCUGGACGUGGUGGUGGAGGAGGAGGAGGAGGUGGCGGCGGUGGAGGUUAUGGAGGCCGGGGUGGUCGAGGAGGACGUGGAGGUCAGGGUCAGGGCUGGAACCAGAGCUAUGGGAACUACUGGAACCCCGGAUACGGUAACCAGGGCUACGGCUACAGUGGAUACGGUGGCUACGGCAACUACGACUACUCUUCUGGUUACUAUGGAUACGGGCCCGGAUACGACUACAGUGAGUACUCACAAGACCAGGGCAACGGCAGCUACGGGAAAACUCCAAGACGGGGGGCACACCAGACCGGCUACAAACCAUACUGAUGAUCACAGGAAGCGCAAAGGACUCCAGUGAUCCAGAGACCGACGGCUGGAUGGACACACUGGUGAUGACUCGACCUCUUUUAUGACAGAAGACCAUUUGUACAGAACACAUCUGAAAUGUAACUUUUUUUUUUUUUUUUUUUAUCCUUUCAUUUUUAGGUUUUACUUUUGUCCCUUUGAUGUUUUUUGUUUUCUUUUUGUUUUCUUUUCUCGUCCUCCUUCCACAUUUCCAUCAAUGGAAGUGUAAUUUUUACUGUACUUUUUGGUACCUGUUUUGAUUCUAAUGUAUUGUAAGGCUUGUAUUUUACAUGUUUGCUGGCUUUACAGGUUGAAAAUCUUGGCGCUGUAAAGGAGCUUUUUUUGACAAAAUAAACAGUUUUCAGUAAUUUUUUUUUUUUUUUUGGAUGCUUCCAGGUUUUCGGGGGUGAACGUUAUUGGAACAGGUUUAGGAUUUGAUUUCAGUUAUCAACAUUUUUUUCCCUCUUGGUCUUUUGUCGCCACACAACCUGAUGAUCUGUAACGAAGGAACAUGAAAUGUUUCACGGCCCUUCGUUUUGGUAUUUCCCCCUCUAUGGUGAACCCGGUGUACCGCGAUCAUUUUUAACUCUUAUUAUUCCUUAAAUCUGCAACAACUGCCUGCACGCUUAUUUCCUCCAGGACGUCCUGAAUUCACGAAGGUAUUAAAAACAUCUGGAGAGCUCACAGAUGAUGUAAUGCGGCGGGGGGGGGGCUUAAAAAAAAAACUAAUUAUUCGGCCUCAUGCACCUGUGGCAUGACUUCCUGUUUAAAUCUACAUACCUUUUUACAUAACAAGCAACUUGUUUAAGUUUCUAUGCUGGUUUAGUUUGUGUUUUUUGUCAAGUGUCACUGGUUUUUUAGAAGUAACCGCUUUGAAGUUAAAUGUCUGCGUAGAUUUUUCUUUUGUUUUUUGUCUUUACAGACUUUCAGAACACUGGAGUCUCCUCAAGCUAGUGUCUCUGGCAAUUUAUUAGUAAUAAACAUUCUCGUUUGUAAUA